AUGGAAAACGGUAACGCAGCUCGCGGUUUUGGGACUCUUAUGAGCACCUGGGGCGAAGGCAACUCGCUCAUCCAAAAUCUCUACCACAUGAACAAAUUGGCAAACGGUUUUGAUCCAGAGACACCUAUGUGGGUCGAUGUAGGAGGGGGUUAUGGUCAAAAGAUAAUAGCCUUGAAGAAAGCUCAUCCAGAUCUCCCUGGACGGUUCAUUGUACAGGACCUGCCUGGAACGGUCCAGAAUGCUCCUAAAAGUGAUGGGGUUGAGUUCAUUGCACAUAACUUUUUUGAGGAGCAGACAGUCAAGAGUAUGCAUUUCAGACCUGUCUUCUUGGGGUAGCCUUUACUCACAUUUCUUCUAGAUGCUCGAGCAUACUACAUUCGUCAAUGUCUUCAUAACUGGCCUGCCGAAAAAUGCUUGACUAUCCUGACUGAGCUUCGAAAAGCUAUGAAGCCCGGAUAUUCUAAACUGUUUGUGCAUGAGCUCAUUGUCCCUGCUAGGGGAGCUUCCUCGUGGGUAGUUACGCAAGGUGGGUGUCGUUUUACAACCUUUUCGUUUUUGCCCUUUUCUGUUGCAUAUCUAUGAAUGACAAAGGUGACUCUGAGAAGAAUUUAAUAUGAUGAAAUUAUGUGCUACUUUGGAGAGAACAGAGGAGCAGUGGAAAGAAAUCUUAGCUGAAGCGGGUCUCAAAGUGGUGGAAGUGUUUGCGGCCCCUGACGGGGUUUCAAAGGGCGUCAUUAUGGCAGAGGUGUUGUAA